AUGGCCGCUGUCACCUCGAAGUUGAUUAAGCCGGGUCUGGGGUCGCUGGUGCUCGCUUUGGCCAAGGCUCAGGCUCUCGAGGCGGGCUCGGGCGUGGCUGCUGUUGCGAAGAGCCAGAGCCAGAGCCUGAAGCUCCUGUUGAGUGUAAUCCACAGUGUCCCUCUGCCCAUGCAAAAAUCUUUCAAUGCAAUGGCCGGGCAUUUAAGCAGUUCUGUGGCAUUCAUGUCGCUACCCCCACUCUGA